AAAACUUCUCAGAUUCAUAUUUCGAUAAAAUAUUGCAUGUAAGCUAUUCUGUUUGAGGGAACCUACCCACAAGAUACUAACUUCCAAAGACCAGUGAUAAGAUUUAAUAUUUUCUUCUCCUCCGACUCUGUUUUCUUUUUGGGAAAAGCAUACAAGGAUUUUGUAUCAGGUCAUUGAAAGUCUUACGUAGUGUCGGUAAUGUUCAUGAAUGUGUCUGAAUGUUAUUAUUUGUGUAUACAAGUUUAUGAGCUUGAUCCGUCUUAUUUGAGUCAAUUAGGCUAGCUCAGUUUUAAGGUCUAUAAUUUACAAUGUAAACAAAAUACUUUUACAAAUUCAACUGGUACUUAUAAGCAGGCCAUGAGUAAGCCAUGCAUGCAAAUUAUCAGUGCCAGAGAAACAAUAGGUAUUUUAAUUGAAAGAGUAUUGAGCAUGCCACUCUCAUAUAUAAAAGAUGACAUUAAUUAUAUACUCCAUUGUAUCUUCUGUAUCUCAAACAUCAGGUCAGUGUUUCAUCUAUAUGUGAACAUCACUUAUGAAAUGAUAUAAUUCACCUUUGUCUAGCAUUUUCCAAAGUACACAAAAGUAUAUAGUACGAUAUCCUAUAGUUACAUCAGAUUUUAAACAAUCAUGGUUGCAGUCAAGAGACUAAAUUAUUUCCCACUGGAAAGUAAAAUGAAGCAAAAAAAAAGAAAAGAAAACUAAAUAGAUUUCAGACUGAAAUUUCUAAGGAAAAAAGAAUCUAAGGCUUGUUUCUUUUCAAUUUUUCUACUGGUGAUCUGGGAUGCUGAGGUGCAGUGAUUCCUAAAUUUGGUCCUGUGUGAAUGUCAACUGAUUCUAUACGCUUAUCAACCUACUGAAUUAGAAUUUAGGAGCAUGGGGCUAGGAAAUGUGUACUUUUUAACAGUCUUCUUAGCUAAUUAUCAUAUAUUUUUAAAUGUUAGAACCCCUGUUGUUGGGGAAAAUAUUAGUCCUAUGAUUUCAAGAUUUUUGUUUGCUUCUCUGAAUUUUGCGGGGGUUUCCCCUCAUUUGCUUUCUUUGUUAGCAACCUUUCCCCUUGAUCUCACAAAAACUCGACUCCAAAUGCAAGGAGAAGCUGCUCUUGCUCGGUUGGGAGAUAGUGCAAGAGAACCUGCUCCCUAUAGGGGCAUGGUGCGCACAGCCCUGGGGAUUGUUCAAGAGGAAGGCUUUCUAAAGCUUUGGCAAGGAGUGACGCCCGCCAUUUACAGACACGUAGUGUACUCUGGAGGUCGAAUGGUCACGUAUGAACACCUUCGAGAGGUUGUAUUUGGCAAAAGUGAAGAUAAACAUUAUCCCCUUUGGAAGUCGGUCAUUGGAGGGAUGAUUGCUGGUGUUAUUGGCCAAUUUUUGGCCAACCCAACUGACCUAGUAAAGGUUCAGAUGCAAAUGGAAGGAAAAAGGAAACUAGAAGGAAAACCACUGCGAUUUCGUGGUGUGCAUCAUGCAUUUGCAAAAAUCUUAGCUGAAGGAGGAGUACGUGGGCUUUGGGCAGGCUGGGUACCCAAUAUACAAAGAGCUGCGCUGGUAAAUAUGGGAGAUUUAACCACAUAUGAUACAGUGAAACACUACUUGGUGUUGAAUACACCCCUUGAGGAUAAUAUCAUGACACAUGGCUUGUCAAGUUUAUGUUCUGGACUGGUAGCUUCUAUCCUGGGAACACCGGCUGAUGUCAUCAAAAGCCGAAUAAUGAAUCAACCACGAGAUAAACAAGGAAGGGGACUUUUGUAUAAGUCAUCAACUGACUGCUUGAUUCAGGCUGUUCAGGGUGAAGGAUUCAUGAGUCUCUAUAAAGGCUUUUUACCAUCUUGGCUACGAAUGGUAAAACCCCUUGGUCACUGGUGUUCUGGCUUACUUAUGAAAAAAUCAGAGAACUGAGUGGAGUCAGUCCAUUUUAAGCCUUUAAAGAUACAGCCCUUAAAGAUACAAUGUUCAGUAUUAUUGAAAUCUGGGCAUCUACAACACACCCCCCCUAUUACUUCUACCUCUUUAGGAAGAGACCUUACUCCACAGAGACUAUGAUUUCUAGGGGGCAGCACUUUAUUUUUCUCUGGAAUUCGAGUUAUCUUUGACUCCUCCUCUUGUCCGAAAGAGGUUUGGUCGGAGCUCACAAGGCCAUCCAGUGAGACCCAGCACAACAUUUUUUAAAGAACUGAACCUUGACCACUUUCACCUUGAGCAAGAAGGUUUGGCCUUUGAGGUGCUGUUCUGUGCUGAAGAGCCUGCUGAGAGGAGGAGUGCCAGGAGAGAAGCAGCAUCUCAGAUCUGAAGCAGAUAACAGGAAUGUGGAAGAAUGCUUAUGUAACACUUAAGAAUUACAUUCGAUCUGUAUAUCAGUAUUCAUAAUUGAAGGUUGAUGGUUUGGUUUUAUGUUACUAUUAAAUUGUGCAUAUUGUCAUUUAAAGGGAGGCAAAUGAAAAUACAUGAAUAAACAUUGUGAGUUUCCCUAGUGUUGAAGGAAGUUGACGUACCUUUUCUUGCCAGGAAGAUGGAAAAAAAGAGUCAGAUUGUGAUGAUGUUUGAAUUUCAAGGAAACAAUCUGCUUUCUGUCAGUUUCCCAUCAUUAGAUCUGUGUUCACUGGUGAGCACUCCACUGCAUGUACUACUAACUUCCCCUGACAGCCACAGACUCUGGCCUUGAUAAAAACAGAGAAGAGCGUUAGUCUCAUUACAUAAGCUGUUACAACUCAGAUUUGUCACUAGCUAGCUCUCAAGAAUCUUGAUAUGUGAGAAUUGUAACUUAUUUGAUUAAAACUAACUGUGAAUCCUUUUACAAAAUAUCUUCUGUUACCAUCAGCUUUUUGAUGGUAUCUUAAAAGCAAGGCUGAUAUGAAGUCAGACAAUUCUGACAUGUUCUUUCUUGUCUCCAUUCUCUAACACUAAAGGUGAGAGAGACAGAGAGGCAGAAAGAACUCAGAAGUCAAAGCGAAACUAUCAGUAGCCUGAAUCUUAGUUUGACAAAGCUUCUUGCUUAAAAAGUGAUAUGUAUCAACUGUCUAUGAUAUAUAGUUAUGCCACCAACCUUUGACUCAAAUCUCUUUUCUUAUUUUAAAAAGAUAGAUAUAUUCAGGCUUACCUACAUACCACCAGCUCUCCUAGCCUCAGACAGUGGGUAUUUCUGGAUAGAUGGCUGCAGUUAUAGGUAAAGAUUGUAACUCUUCAAAUAGAAAAACUCAGUAAGUUCAGGCCCAAGACUGACCUUGGAGCUAACUAGUUUUUAUGAUGGACUGGAUGAUGUUGAAUAGAAACAAAUUUAUAAGUGCUCUGUGGCGGCACUAAUGUAUAAUCACUGCCAUUUUGAAAGGGGGAAGUACACAUUAAAAUAUAUUUUAAUGUGAUGUAUUAAUAUGCAGUGGCUUAUUGUUUGUCUAUGUCGUUCUAGAAUGUGGAGUUUAAUUUCUUCAAAUAUUUAGGUGGUCUACUUUUCCAUUGCAUUUGUCAAUCUGUAAUUGAAUUAUUAAAUAUAUUUAAUAUUUAUGAUGUGUUUAAGUUCCCAAGUGUUAUACACUGAACCACAUUGGGAAAAUUUUGGAUUUUUAUGUUUUGUUAACUUUAAAAAACAAGUAAAGAGUGGAUCAAAAUAAUUACAUGCCAAAUGGACCAUGAAAAAAUUGAUUUAGCUUUAUUCUUUCAGGGACUUGGAAUGAAAACAUUGUUUAAGUAUUGACACUAUUAGUUGGUAUCUGGAUCACUGCAUAAAACUGGAAUUUUUAACCUGAAAUGAUUCCCUGGGGUCUAGUUUCACCCUCUUAAUUUGCCUGUUAGGAAACUCAGGCCCAGAAAAGUAGAGUUAUUCAUGUUUAGAAAUGACUGAGUAGCAGAGUCAGGACAAAAAUACAGGUCUCCUAACUGUUGUUUAUCACCACGCACAGUUAUUGAACACUAAUUAUGUUCCACAUAAAUGUCAUAUGUCAUCUGCUCAACAACCCAAUUCAGUGCUCUUGAGCCUUC